GUCUAUGGAAAUGCAAGAUCUAGCCAGUCCUCAUAAUCUUGUUGGAAGUAGUGAUGCAGCAGGUAGUUCCAAACUGGAUAAACCUAAUCUCAGUAGUACAUCAGUAACAACAAAUGGAACGGGAGGAGACAACAUGACUGUUUUAAAUACUGCAGACUGGUUGCUGAGUUGCAGUACUCCCUCUUCUGCAACAAUGUCUCUUCUUGCAGUGAAAACAGAACCCAUGAACAGCAGUGAAACAACAACAACAACUGGAGAUGGAUCGCUUGACACUUUUACUGGGUCAGUAAUAACAAGUAGUGGCUACAGCCCAAGAUCAGCGCACCAGUACUCUCCACAGAUAUAUCCCUCCAAGCCCUAUCCACACAUUCUUUCUACACCAGCAGCUCAAACAAUGUCUGCCUAUGCCGGACAAACCCAGUAUUCAGGAAUGCAGCAACCAGCAGUCUAUACAGCCUACUCACAGACCGGACAGCCAUACAGCUUACCCACUUACGAUUUGGGUGUAAUGUUGCCAGGCAUCAAGACGGAAAGUGGGCUCUCACAGACCCAAUCACCACUGCAGAGCGGGUGCCUCAGUUACAGCCCAGGAUUUUCCACCCCACAGCCAGGCCAAACACCCUACUCUUACCAGAUGCCAGGUUCUAGUUUUACACCAUCAUCCACUAUUUAUGCAAAUAAUUCUGUUUCAAAUUCUACAAACUUCAGUAGUUCACAACAGGAUUAUCCAUCAUACACAGCUUUUGGCCAAAAUCAAUAUGCACAGUAUUACUCAGCAUCGACAUAUGGUGCAUAUAUGACCUCAAACAACACAGCUGAUGGCACUUCUUCAUCGUCAUCAACGUACCAGUUACAAGACUCUCUCCCUGGCCUGACUAGUCAACCAGGUACAGAUCUACAUUCAGGGGAGUUUGACACAGUGCAGAGCCCCUCCACGCCAAUCAAAGAUCUUGAUGAGAGAACAUGUAGGAGUUCUGGGUCAAAGUCCCGGGGUAGAGGGCGGAAGAAUAAUCCAUCACCGCCUCCGGACAGUGACUUGGAGCGUGUAUUUGUUUGGGAUUUGGAUGAAACAAUCAUAGUUUUUCACUCACUGCUUACAGGAUCCUAUGCACAGAAGUAUGGCAAGGAUCCACCAAUGGCAGUGACCCUUGGACUGAGAAUGGAAGAAAUGAUCUUUAAUCUUGCUGACACGCAUUUAUUUUUUAAUGAUUUAGAGGAAUGUGAUCAAGUUCAUAUAGAUGAUGUUUCUUCUGAUGAUAAUGGACAAGACCUAAGUACCUACAGUUUUGCAACUGAUGGCUUCCAUGCAGCUGCAAGUAGUGCAAACCUUUGUCUGCCAACAGGUGUAAGAGGAGGGGUUGACUGGAUGAGGAAGCUGGCUUUCCGUUACAGAAGAGUAAAAGAGUUGUAUAAUACUUACAAGAACAACAUAGGAGGGCUUCUGGGUCCCGCUAAAAGAGAUGCAUGGUUGCAAUUAAGAGCAGAGAUUGAAGCUCUAACAGACUCCUGGCUAACAAAUGCACUUAAAUCAUUAUCAAUUAUCAGCACAAGGAGUAACUGUGUAAACGUGUUGGUAACAACAACCCAGCUUAUCCCAGCACUUGCAAAAGUUCUACUAUACAGCUUAGGAGGAGCUUUUCCUAUCGAAAAUAUUUACAGUGCAACCAAAAUAGGUAAAGAGAGCUGUUUUGAGCGUAUAGUGUCCAGAUUUGGCACUAACAUAACUUAUGUUGUGAUUGGAGAUGGCCGAGAUGAGGAACAUGCAGCUAAUCAGCACAACAUGCCUUUCUGGAGGAUAUCCAGUCAUUCGGACCUCUUGGCUCUCCAUCAAGCACUGGAACUAGAGUAUUUGUAA